ACUUGUCUGACUGUUCAUACAGGCGUGGGUAGCACAUCCAAAAGACGGAGCCCUAAUUAGCAGCCUUAGUAUGGAUACACAAGGGAGGAUGAGCAGACUCCUAUGUAGAAAGAGCAUACUUGCUCUGUCAGUUAUAAUACUUGCAUCCUGUUAUAGUGAUGCUGAGGAAGAAUGUUUUAUGAAACUACUAAACAAAAGAUACAAAGGACCAGGAACCACACCGAAUCUGAAAAACAUUAUUGUGGGACGAUGCUACCACUACAUGUCCCUGUAUACAGUCACUGGGGUAAAGGACUGCAGUAGAAUAUGGUAUGAACUAACAGAUGCAGUUUUUAGGAAAGACCCAUGUAAUGUCACUGAGGAAGAUUACAUAAACCUAUCCCAAGUGGCUGCACAGACAAUACCAUGUGAUAAGACUCUUCUGUGGAGUAGAACAAAUGAUCUGGUGCAUCGCUACACAAAAGCCACUGAGAAUUUCAUGACUCUGGAGGACACUUUCCUGGGCUUCCUUUUCAAUGGCCUUACGUGGUGUGGAAAGUCAGCUUCAUCAGGGAUGAACUAUCAUUCGUGUCCUGCAUGGGAUGAAUGUAGCAACAAUUCUCUCAGCUCUUUCUGGAAGAUGGCCUCUGCUAAUUUUGCUCAAGCAUCUUGUGGAAUAGUAAAUGUGAUGCUGAAUGGUUCUGCAGAUGGUGCCAUCACCAGAAAAGAAAGUAUUUUAAGGAUGGUGGAAAUACCCAGCAUGGAUCCAGAUAAAGUAUCUGAAGUGAAACUUUGGGUAAUUGAUGACAUUCAAGGACAAGAUAAAAAUUCCUGCCACAGUGGGUCAUUAGUAGAGCUUCAACAUUACAUUGAAGGACACAAUCUGACUUAUUCCUGCGUUGACAACUACAAGCCGGUACAAACUCUGCAGUGCGUGGAUAACCCCGACCAUCAUGUCUGCAACCAAUGCAAUAUACAGUAAAAUAAACCAUUGCACAAGGCUCUUUCAGCACUGGGAAACCAUAUGAUUAUAACUAUGUUACAGGACACGGAAUAUAACAUUAUAAGAGUUUAUGGCAUGAAGAGAU